AUGGCAGAAGCACAUCAGCCUGGGAAACUGUUCAUAGGAGGUCUCCAUGCUGACACCAGGGAAAAUUCUCUUGAAGUGGUAUUUGGGAAAUAUGGUCGCAUUACGGAAGUUAUUUUGAUGAAGGUUCGGGAAACAAACAAGUCUAGAGGCUUUGCUUUUAUUACUUUUGAGAAUCCUGCAGAUGCGAAGGAGGCUGCCAAAUAUAUGAAUGGAAAGUCUUUGGAUGGAAAAGCAAUUAGAGUAGAGCAAGCCAAAAAACCAUCUUUUGAAAGCGGUGGUAAACAGAGACCACAACCUCCUGCAAGAAACAGGGGCCGUCUGAGAAAUACGAGAAAUCCGAGAUAUGGAAGAGAAGGAAAUGGAAGAGCAAGAGAGCGUCCCUCACGUGGAGGACACUUGGGUGGUGGUGGACAUACUCCUAGUCUCAAGGCGAGUUCUUCCAGGGGACCCUCUCCAGUUAAAAGAGGACCAUCUUCGAGAAGUGGAGGUCCUCCUCCUAAAAGAUCUGCUCAAAGACGAAGCAGUAGUAGGAUGGGAAGACAAGGCUCAGAAUCAUGUGGAAGAAAAAAUAAUGGAGGUUCUCCUCGUAGAGAGCCAGUCCCUUUUCGGAGAGUUGGCUAUAUGUCACCAAGAGAUGAUGGUUAUGCUACUAAAGAUAGUUAUUCAAGCAGAGAUCAUCCAAGCUCCCGAGACAUAAGGGAUUAUGCUCCAGCACCAGACUCCAGCAGAGUCUAUGCAUACCGUUAUUAUGGACAUUCAAGUUCUUGGAAUGAUCAUCUCUCUAGAGGACAUAGUGAUCGUGAUGGCUAUGGUGGAAGUCGUGAUAGAGAUUAUUCUGAAUAUCCAAGUGGAAGCUCUCACAGGGGUUCAUAUGAGAGUUACGCUGUCUCCUACGGUGCACCAGCAGCACAAUGGGCCCCUGUGACUUACGGUGGAAGCAGUUGCUAUGAUUAUAGCAAUACAAUAGAUGGAUAUAGAGGAGGUCUGGAAGGUUACUCAAGCAGCCAAAGUAAUACUUAUUCAAGUCGUCAUGAGCCAGGAAGAAAAGAACAACCAGGGUUUUCACCCUCUGUGAAUAAGGGGUACCUUGCUCCUUGUGAGUCAUACAGUAGCUCAGAUUGGGGGUGGUACUUCCAGAGGAGGUAA